AUGGCACACGCCAAAGGACUAAAGCAGAUACUCUCAAAGCAGCCUACAGAUGUGGUUAUCCUCUCCUCCCUUCGAACCCCCGUCACAAGGGCUAUCAAAGGCGGCUUUCGGGACGCCUAUGACCACGAGCUUCUCUCUCACGUCCUACGUGCUACUCUUGGUGCCAACCCAAAUCUCGACCCUGCCAAAAUCGACGACAUAGCGGUUGGAGUGGUGCUCGCUGAAUUGGGCGGAUCAAAAGCAUCUAGAAUGGCACAGUUACACUCUGGCUUCAAUGAACGCACGGCCCUGCAUACUGUCAAUCGAGCCUGCAGUUCGGGCUUGGCAGCAAUCACCAGCAUCGGGAAUCUGAUUACUGUAGGACAGAUCGACGUGGGGAUAGGAGCAGGUAUGGAGAGUAUGACCAAGAACUACGGGAGCAGGGCUAUUCCAACUAUGCUGUGGGACGAACUGAAAAACAGCAGCAUCCAUAACGUGCCGGAUUGCAUAAUGCCUAUGGGUCUAACAAGCGAAAAUGUGGCAAAGAGAUAUGGGGUCAAUCGGGAAGAUCAAGACGCUUUUGCGGCUGAAUCACAUCGCCGAGCCUCCAAAGCACAAAAGACCGGACUGUUCGAUUCGGAAAUUGUGCCUGUGAAGGUCAAGCAAUAUGAACCCGAGCAUCCAGACGCUCCUCCAAAGGAAGUAGUCGUCGAUAAAGAUGACGGCAUUAGACAUGAUGCGAGUCUCGAGAAAAUGGCCAAGCUGAAGCCUGCGUUUUCAGAGGAUGGGUCCUCGACAGCAGGCAAUUCCAGUCAAAUAUCUGAUGGUGCUGCAGCAACGUUGCUCAUGCGCCGCUCCACAGCGACCGAACUCGGUCUGAGCAAGGAUAUUAUCGGCAAAUGGGCUGGUACUCAAACCAUUGGCUGCCGACCGGAUGAGAUGGGUAUUGGCCCUGCAAUUGCCAUCCCAAAAUUACUCGACUACACAGGCCUGAAGACCGACAAUGUUAACAUCUGGGAAAUCAAUGAGGCAUUUGCGAGCCAAGCCCUGUAUUGUAUUAGGAAGCUGGGAUUGAAUAUGGAAAAGGUGAACCCACGAGGUGGAGCCAUUGCCCUCGGCCAUCCUUUGGGCAUGACUGGUGCAAGACAGCUUGCGACGCUGAUGCCUCAGUUGAAUGAAGGGGAAGUUGGCGUCGUGAGUAUGUGCAUUGGUACGGGCAUGGGAAUGGCCGGUUUGUUCGUCAGGGAGUAA